AAAACGGCGUCGAACGAGAACCCUAAUGUAAAUCACUAAAACCCUUCCGAUUAUAUAUAUUCUCAUCUUCCUCUCACCGCCUUUCACCUCAGCUGCUAAUAAACCCUAACUCACUCGACCUUUUCUUCCUCGAUUGUCAGCUAUGGAGUUCUGGGGAGUCGAAGUUCAAGCAGGGAGGCCACUUAAAGUGACGCCCGAAGAUGGCACUCUUGUCCACAUCUCUCAUGCAUCGCUUGGAGAUUGUAAAGGAAAGAAAGGAGAAGCUGUGACUCUGAAUGUGAAGGUUGGGGACAAGAAGUUCGUCAUGGGAACUCUUUUGUCUGAGAGCAUUCCUCAGACUUGCUUUGAUAUGUUAUUCGAUCAGGAGUUUGAGCUUUCUCACAACUGGGGAAAAGGAAGUGUCCACUUUGUUGGAUUCCAAUGUCCCAACAACAAAGAUGAUGAGGGAGGAGAAGACUUUUCUGAUUCAGAGGAAGAGGAAGUUGCUGCCACUGUUGCAGCUAAUGGGAAUGCUGCAAAGGGCGUAACAAAACAAAAGCCUGAAGUAGAUGAUUCUGAUUCUGAAGGAAUGGAUGAUGAAGAUGAUUCAGAGGAAGAAGAGGAGGCUCCUAAGGCUGAAACAAGAAGAAAGAGAGCACAUGAAGUCGCACCCGGACCCAAGACACCUGUGUCUGCGAAGAAGGCCAAAGCAGAAGCUACUCCCAAGAAAACAGAGGAGAAGAAGAAAGGUGGACCUGCAACCCCCCACCCGGCAAAGAAAGGUGGAAACACUCCCGCAACUGCAACGCAGAGCCCAAAGUCUGCAAGUCAAGUCUCAUGUGGUUCAUGCAAGAAGACAUUCAACUCAUCGAACGCACUUGAGUCUCACACCAAGGCCAAGCACUCUGCUACCGCUAAGUGAAGUGGUUUCCUAAGAGUAACAACUUCCGCUGUUUUGGAUUUAGUUGGAGU